AUUCUGUUUGAUUACUAUGAGAAAACCUACAAUGCAUUCUUGGCAGGAGCAGACUCGUACGACACCUUCACUUCUGAUCUGGAAGCCAUUCUAUGUCAGAAAUACCAGAUUGGCAAUAUAGAUGCUGUACAAGCUGAGAAUGCCAGAUUGGAAGAGGAAGUAGGACUAAUUGAUCAAGUGGAAGAAAAUCAGAAGCAGCUCAAGGAGAGAAUUGAAAUGUCUCGGCAUGAUAAGAUGGUGAUGGAUAGAUACAUCAGCAAUCUGCACCAGCAUAAGGCCAUGCUGGAGGGGGAGCUUAAGAAACGUAUUGAUGAAUAUGCAAUCCUCAAUUCGGACCUGCAGGCUGAGAAAGAGACACUGGCUCACCUUGAAGAGGUCUACCAGAAGCAAGACCUGACUCCUGCUGAUGUGGAGAGGCUGAAAGCUGAGCAGGAGGCUCUGAAGCAGCAGGUGGAGCAGCUGGACAAGCAGAUCGCUAACAUUGACACAGACAACUGGAACAUUACAAUCGAACAAGCCAAAAUUAAUGAGAAGGUGGAGACCGAGGUGGCCAGCUACAACAGAAUGGCUAUUGCUCUGAAACUGGUGCCAGAGACAGCAGAGUUGGCCGGGGGCAAAGACUACAGACUCAGGAGUGGGUUUGCCUCUGAUAUUGUUGGAAGCUUUGAGGAUGUUAUCAAGCCGUUGUUAACUUCUAUGAAGAAAAUGUGCACAACAGAACUGCACCAGAAGAGCAAAGAAAAGUUCCAGCUGACGUAUGAGAUAGAACAGUUCCUGGAAGUUAUCAAUGAACGCAAGGAGCUGGUGGCCCAAAUGACGAAAGAACUGGCAAAUAAAGAAGCUGAAAUAGAAUCCAUGAAACAGCUGCUACACUCUGGCAAGAAGACUGAGGAACUAGAAACACUGAGACAGAAGUCGAUUCAGCUUGAAGCCUUGGCCAAGCAAGCUGAGGCAGAGAGGGCAAGAGUUCAGGAUGAGUACCAGACAGUUUGUAAACU